CCAUGCCCGUGUCCUGAUAUAAGUCACCGAGUAAGGUAGGUGUCCUGAGGAGAGGGCACAGGUAGAAACAGGCAGAGUAAGCUCAUGUCGUAGACUCAUAUACACCUCACAGUGUCUGGAGUCAGCAGGUUUGGGCUGAGGAAGAAUUUGUGAACUUCGUGUUUAUACUUUGAAUUAACAUUAGUUCAUUUGGACAUAUCAGGAGGUGUGAAGAUUUAAGAACAGAAAACUUAUUUUGAAGAGUUUCCGUCAUCAGAACUGACAUUGCUCAAAAGUGGAUUUAGAGUUACAUUUUGAUUGCAUUUGAAUUGUGUGAAACCAAAACCAAAAAGAAAAUGGAUAACUAAAGGAAAAUGCCAUCUUUCUUUCUAGGAACGUUUUUGUUCUAGGUGUGCAAUACAUUGUGUGGAAGCAAAAUAACCUUUUCGUAUAACUGGAAUAGUAAAAGAUUUUAAAAUGAAAGCCAAGACAUCAGCGGAGAGUAAUAACAAUUCCCUUCCUGGUCGACGGAAACCGAAACAUCAGGGAAGGUUCAAGAAGCGACUGUCUACUAUUCUCCACACCCAUGUGGCGUUGAUUGUCCUGUGUACUUUGGCGGUUAUGGAUGCAGGAUGUGUCAUCGGCCAAAUUAUCAGUGAUAUUCUUAUCAUGAAAGAUGAGCUUCAGGAGAAACAACAGAUGGAGGUGUAUACCAAGACUGUCCUGUUAGACUUAUUCCCUGUUCGGCUUAAUAAGACGAGUUGGGAUAAAAAGCCUUUGUCGGAUAUUCUUGUCAUACUAAGGGAAUGUUUCGAUGACGUCAAAGCGACUGAUAUUCAGGAGAAGAGGAUUGCGUUGGAGAAGUUGCUCUCCAAUACUACCCCGCAUUCUUUGCACCACCUGGAGCACAUCAAAGGACGCCACAAGCGGGCUGCAGGCGGAAACCACCAACACUCAUUCCAAGACAAAAACAAAUAUAUUCAGCAUCACAUCCUUCAUGAGCUUACUCAUGCUUUCCAUCUUGGUAGCAUGGUCAUUCUAACCAUUUUACUUAUAGAGACGUUUUUCAAAGUAUUUGCGAUGGGGAAGAAAUUUCUCUCACACAAAGUGGAGGUUUUCGAUGCAUUUGUCAUCACUGUUUCGUGGGCCCUUGAUGUAGUGUUCUGGGAAGGCUUAUGGGCACAUCCGGAGACAGAGGCUGCGCAUAUCAUGAUCUUUAUUUUACCCUGGAGGGUUAUAAGGAUUGUCAAUAGUUUCGUAAUGGUCAUACAGGAAAAAGAUCAUUUGCAAUUGAAGAUCGUUAAACAGCAAUACAGAGGAUCAGUUAAACGGGCAAGUGAUAUGAAGAUGAAAGUGGAGUUAUAUAGGAUCGAGUUGAGGCAGCUCCAAAGUCUAUGUAGAAGACGAGGGGCCACAGACCGUGAAAUCCAACAGUGUGCGCCCGAAGGCAAGAGGAGGAGAAGCAGUCUCUUACCCGUUCUAACAAGAUUAGCCUCAGUCGGAUUGCUGGGAUCGGUCAGUAGUUCUACGGAUCUGACGAAAGAUGCAGCCUCUAAUGAUACCUCCGACGAAGAGGAUUCUGCUGUUGAUCUGUCCAGCCGUCCAAAUAGUAACUACAGCAACUUCAGUAGCAGUGAUUGUUUAAGUCUUGGCAGAACGAUAUCUACCGCUAGUAGCAUUUCAGCCGUAGCAUAUCCAAAUACUCCCAUUAGCACGGAAAACUUAGUAAAAGAUAACCCGGUGUUUGCGUCAGAUGAGGAACCACCCAAUUACAAGGAGGUGACGGAGACUAAAUCAAACGACGAGAGCUUUUUCACCAAGCUUUGAGGAAUGCUUUUUGACCGCUCUGGGAAAAUCUUGCUUACCACAGGCUAUAGUGCUAAAGUCAGAUGGCAAUGGAAAGACAAGCAUAGCUCAUUCAACUUGCUUACAUAGUUUUAGGCAAGCCCCUGUUGGUGAUGUCUGUCAUACCGAUAUGAGUGUGGGAGCUUGGGUGCUUCAUCGCCAUCGAAAGAGGAUAAAGUGAUGUGUAGGUCUUCAGGAACACUUUGUGUAGAGAGCAGCUGUGUGAACAGAUACAUGUUUCAAAUAAAUGCUCACGAUAUUUUGCACACAUUAUUUACUUAUACACAUAGUAACACACAGUAGGCGAGGGUGAGUUGCCGCGAUUUGUGCCUAAUUCACUUAAUGUGUGGUGUCUGUCUGUUACUCUUACUUCGAGUUUCGUUGACCAUUUUUGCUCAUGUUUUUCUUUUCGAAAUACAUCGUUUGACUGUAAAAAUUUUAAACACUUUGAUACAUGUGUUGCUAAUCGGUAUACAAUUAAGUUAUUGAAUUGCAAUAUAACUGUUGUGAUUUCUUCAACAUUCCUCGCGAAAUUCCAUUUAUUAAUCAUACCUAGAUACAUAGAUAACGCUGUUUUUGGUAUUUUAUCUUUUUCAUAUAAAAUCAACAGAAACAUCACUCAUGAUAUCACAAAACAAUGUUCAUAACUAAUCAAAAUAUCUCAAUUUACUCACGCUUGGUAUCUCACUGGCAUAUUUUCUAUACAAGUUGAGUUAAAUAUUUUGUCCAAGUCAGGACUGGUGGUGCCGUCUUAUAAUCCAUAUAUUAACUAACGUCCGGUGAUGUUUGGCAAAUUAAUUAUAAAACAUUGCCUUGUCAUUUUUCCUGUUAAAACCGUCACACAGCUUUUCCAAUAUCUAUCAGUGUCAAAUGUUAUCAUUAUUCCCGCGCAUUUAAGCUAUAUAGGGGCGGGAUUCGGCAGUUUGAAAAAAAAAUCAUAAUUGAAAUAUUACUUUUCAAACCAAUAAAUUAAUGUAGUUUCAUUGGAAGAAAUAUUACAUAAAAUGUAUUUUUUUGUAUUUCCGGAUUUUUUUUACAAGUAUUAGAUAUUUGUCACUCACCGGUGAUUAUCAUCCUUAAAACACUCAGCUUGCUGUUGUUGCUUACGGGCCUUGUAAACAGUGAUAUUUUUAUAUUGCUUGAUUUUCGUCUCAGGAUUUGGGAGACGGUGAUUUUGUACAUUUUGAAAAAAAUACAGUGGUAAUGUAUAAUCAUUGUAUCUACAUAUUGUGCAAAUAAAUACUAUUAUUGGGCUUAACGAAAUUAAUCUUAAUAUUUUUUGUUAAGUAUAAAAACGGAAAACAGGUUAUGUUUUCUCAAUGGCAAUCAACGACCCCAUUCGAAUUGAAAUGUAUAAAUAUAACUGACCGGUGUUCAAUAUUUAAAAAAAACAUCGUAUCAUAGAAUAUUGAUGUUAUGUUUUCAUUGUGUGAGAAAGUUGGUGAGUAAGAUAUGUCAUCAAAAGUUGAACGUUAAAGCGAGUAUCUGUUUUCAUUGUCAUAGAUUUAAUGUUGAAAUUGAUAGUGCGUUAUCCUUAUUUAUAAUCAGAUGUAUAAAUAGGAAAAAUAAAAACUAUACAUCGAC